GAUUAGAUUUCGCCCCAUCCUCCUCCUCAGUAGUGCGCACAGACACACUAUGGACGGCUGGCAUAGAAGGUUUGGAGGCUGUGUGCGAGGCUGACGAAGCGCUACUGAGAGGCUCAGUAAUGCGUACGGACCAUGGAUGAGCGCUCCAGCCGGCUGCUCCUGGCUCUUUUUAUGCUAUGCCUCUUCGGUAUGAUAGUUCUGCAGUACGUAUGCCCAGGCAGCGAGUGCCCGUUGCUGCUGCGGCUGCAUGCCGGACGGGGGGCCUCUUUCCCUGGUCCCGAUCCAUACCGGGCCGAGGACGGAAGUCCCGCGCGCUUCACUCCCCGCUAUAACUUUACCGAGGCAGAUCUGCGUCGAGAGGUAGACUUCAACAUCAAGGGCGACGACGUAAUCGUCUUUCUACACAUUCAGAAGACCGGAGGUACAACCUUCGGGCGCCACCUGGUGCGCAAUAUCCAGUUGGAGCAGCCUUGCGAGUGUCGUGUCGGCCAAAAGAAGUGCACCUGCCUCCGGCCUGGUAAGAAAGAGACCUGGCUAUUCUCUCGCUUCUCGACUGGCUGGAGCUGUGGCCUGCAUGCUGACUGGACCGAACUGGUCAGCUGCGUCCCUGCUGUGAUGGCUGGCCGCGGGGCGCCACCAACAUCCGAGGAGCCGCGCAGGAAUUACUACUACAUCACCAUCUUGAGGGAUCCAGUAUCUCGCUACCUUAGUGAGUGGCGACAUGUACAACGGGGAGCUACGUGGAAAGCCUCGUUACACGUGUGUGAUGGACGCUCCCCAACCACCUCUGAGCUGCCCAGCUGUUACACAGGAGAUGACUGGUCGGGAUGUACACUUUCAGAGUUCAUGGACUGUCCCUACAACCUGGCCAACAACCGCCAGGUCCGCAUGCUAGCAGACCUCAGCCUGGUAGGAUGUUAUAACCUGUCUGUAAUGACUGUAGAGGAGCGUAAUCGGCGCCUGCUGGAAAGUGCCAAGAACAACCUGAAAGAAAUUGCUUUUUUUGGCCUGACAGAGUUUCAGCGUAAGACCCAGUAUUUGUUUGAGCGCACCUUUCGUAUGAACUUCAUUGCUCCCUUCACCCAGUUUAACAGCACUAGGGCGUCCAGUGUGGAAAUCGAGGAAGCAACCCAGCAGCGUAUACGGGAGCUCAACUUCCUAGAUAUGGAGCUCUAUGAUUAUGCCCAGGACCUCUUCUUGCAGCGCUUCCAGUAUGCACGGCAAAAAGAAAGACGGGAGGCCCGGCGGCAGCGACAGCAGGAGCGCCGGCGCCUUAUGAGGGGCCAUCUGCCAUGGGCAGUAAAUAACCCAACAGAACAGCAGGAGACACUCUCAUCCUCCUGGGCCUCAGAAGACAAUUCGACAGGAGCAGACUACAUUGGGAAUGUAGAAAGGUGGAGGCGAUAAUAGGCUGAUGGGCUAAAUGGUUAAUGACUCUGCUGUGAUGCUGUCUUCUAAACCUAAAAGCUCAGUAGAAGUGCUUGAUGAAUGGUGGUCCAUUGUUGACUAGAUGGGAAGACCUUGUUUUAAUUCCACUUAGUAAUAUUUGGACAAUGCCAGACAGAAGCCACACUCUGUUCAGAUGCUGUGCUUCUCUGCUGAUGCUUUGAAGCAUUUGUGCUGACUUUAGCAUGGAAUUUAAUUCACUUUUUACUGUAAAGCUGAUUCAUACUUAAAGUAGCAGCUUUGGUAGCUGCUCAUAUUUAGUUUUUAUUUCUCACCUCGUACAGCAAUAGCGGCAGCUGAUCUCCAGGCUGGGAAGAAGCGCAUUCUAUGAUUGCCUCUACCCAUUAUUCCCUGCCUAUACAGGGACUGCUCAGCUGCUUGUACAGACGAAGGCAUGCUCAGAUGGUUCCCAAAAUGGGCCGUUCAUUUUUGCGGUCUUGUACUUCCAAUGUUUUGCUUGAUAUUAUUUAUUUAUACCUUCUGUAUGAAAAUCUAACCUCUUGAAACUGUGACGUCUUUAUCUUGCUGUUAGUCAUCUUGUUUUCACUGUUUGUCUCUUUAGUGUCUGUUUGGGUUGCCUCAUCAGGUGUCUACUGAAAAUUAUCACUGUCUUUUCUUCAUUGUGUGACCCUCACAUUCAUACCAAAAUACCUUCUGGUCUGAUCAUCUGUAUGUAAAUGUGUGUAUAUAUACAUAUAUAUAUUUUUAACAUUUUUAGUAUUCAUUUUCCUCUUGAUU